GUAAGGUUUAACUUUACCAUUUCGUCGUUUCGUUGAGAGUCGACGGCAAAAGCAAAAUAGAAGAGGAAAGGAAAAGGAAAAAGCCUCCGACCGUCUGUUCGCGUCACCUGCUCUCCUUUUCUCCCACCUUUAAUUUGAUCGCCCAUUGGCUUCUCUCUUCGGAUUUCCCAUUCUCCAGUCUACUUUUCCGCCUCCCCCCUGGAAUUUCCAUUCCUCUUCCCAUACCCUCAUUUCUUCCUCCCAUCUCCUUUCCCUUUCUCCUUGCGCCUUCUUGAGCUGGAGAGAAGAAUUUUCGAGUCUUGUGUUGAAAAAAGGGAUUUGGCUUUGCUAUUACUUUCUUGCGAGAGCUUUAAGAACGUUCACUGAUGUUGUUCAAGCGCUUCAACAAGAUACUAAAUAAAAAUUCCUAAAUUUAGAAUAUAUUCUCACAUAAAGAAUCAUUUUUUUGGGUUUCCUUCCUUUUUCCUGCCUCUUCUGUGUGGAUUUCCUUUGGGAGUAACGAAGGGAAGAGGAAACGGAAGCAUAGGAAUGGGAAAGCGAGGACCUUGCUGCCAUUGUGGAGUCACAAGCACCCCUCUCUGGAGGAAUGGACCACCUGAGAAACCAGUUUUAUGCAAUGCAUGUGGUUCCAGGUGGAGAACCAAGGGUUCAUUGACAAACUAUAUACCACUCCAUGCUCGUGAAGUUAUUGACUCUGAUGAGUUAAAUGGUGCAAUAAAAAGAAGUAUAACCUUCAAACUCAAAGAACAGAAGUUUCCGAAAAUAACACAACACAAACGUAAAUUGCCAAAUGAAUGUGACAUGCAGUAUUGUGAUCAGAACUUCUGCAAGUUCGAGGGUGAUACAAGCAAUCGAUCCAGUUCUGGGUCAGCUAUAUCAGGUUCAGACAGCUGUUUAUAUUUUGCCACUGAUGAUGCCAGCAAUUUAACAGGUUCGGUGCAGUCAAAUAUUUGUGAUUCUUUAGUGCCUUCUAAGAAGACAUUUGUUACUCGCCCCAAACUUUCUGUUGAAAAACUGACAAAAGAAUUAUAUUCCAUAUGGAAUGAACAACAAGCAUCUAAUCUGUCCAGAACCUCAGAAGAUGAUCUACUUUACAGCAGCAUUACCCCUCUCGGUUCUUUUGAGAUUGGGUAUGGAAGUGUACUCAUUAAAAAUACAAAUUCAAAAACAAUAGAUGAUGAAUCAGAAGCUAGCUCAUUUCCAGUGGAUAAAUCAUUCUUUACCAAUGAGGCUUAUUCAGAUUCAGCUUUUCUUCCCAUAGAUACUAAAACCAAAGGAAUUGUCACUCCUGGUGCUGACACAGUGAAGUCCACGUUACAAAUGGUCCAUGCGAAUGCUAAAAGAGCUAAAGUGAUGUAUAAUAAGUUUGUUUCCUUGAAAGAUAGAGAUUCUCCCCUAAUCUAUACAGAUUUAAAUUUUUUUAUCAACUCUGAGGGUUUCAUGAAAUACUUAACACACGAGGAACAAAAACAGUUGAUGAAGUACCUACCAUCUACAGACAUUGGCAAAACUCCUGAAAGUCUCAAUAGCAUGUUUACUAGUCCCCAAUUCUUAGCGACACUAUCUUGCUUCCAGCAAUUGCUUCAAGAAGGCAUUUUGGAUCUCUCCUUCGCUGGAGCCACUGCCGAAGAGUGUAAGAUAUUGAGGAGGCUGCUAUUACAAAACUCCACCAAUCGGUGGUUGGAGAGCUAUCAAAAAAUAAAGGAUGCAGUGUUAAAAAAGAUAAAUGGAGGACAUGACACAUCAGCCACUAAAAGGAAGCAUGACAAGCAGAACCAGAAUCAUUCAGAUCUGAAAAGGACCAUGAGAAGCCCCAAAAGAGUCUGCAGACCAGGGGGCAUGAAUCCUCCUUCAAAAUGCUCAACUAUGUUUGGUUCCAGUAUAAUCAACCAAAUAACUGAUGAGUCAGAAAACUUUGCAGACAAUGACGUGGCUUGCUUCAGUCCUAAAACACUUGAUUCAGGUCUGUCUGAUAAGAGCAACACCAUGCAGUCUUUUAUGCAGUUCAUUUCUGACAGCUCCGAAGGUGACUUGAUUCCGGAUUUACCUACAAGCACAUCAUUUCCAGAAGCAGAAUUGUACCAUCCAUGGAAGAAGAAACCAAACCCAAAUGGAUCGCUAGCUGCAAGUGUAGUUGACAUCCCUGACAAACCGACUUCAAGUUUCAGCAACAAAGUCUGAAAUCAAUAAACCUUGUGUAGCAAAAUCACUCGUUUCUCUUUGAACAUAAUCGAAGAACUUUUCAUGAAUGAUGGUUGUUAACAUCCUGUCUUGGUUUUCCUAAAGAAUAUGUGGUUUAACUGAUUUUGAGAAUGCUGAAAAACAAGUCUGAAUGGCAAGACACUUCUAUUUCUUGUAUAGCCUGGCAACAUAAGUGUAAUAUACCUCAGGAGAGAAGUUUGUAUUUUGUAUAGACAGGUGUGUUGGAAUUC